GAUUUGGUUGUUGGAUGUUGGACGAUCGCUCCCAUCUCCCGUACUUAAAGAUUUUUUGCCUGGCGACACAUUUCCAGCGAAGAUUGCCCCACGCGUCGGCGGCAGACACUGCGGAGGGUCUUUCGGCGACUUUUUGGCGCCAGCUUUAGUGAAUCGGAGCCGCAAAUCGCCGACAAAGGCGACUGGCGGUGGGCGUGCCUCGCUCUCACACACAACAUUCGAUAACAGAAAACCGAGACCAUGGACCAAAUGCUGCCGAGUCCGGGCUUCAGCAUCCCGAGCAUCGGGACGCCGCUGCACCAGCCCGAGGAGGACCAGCAGAUCCUGCCGAUGGCGCAGCAGCAACAACAGCAGCAGCCGCCGCCACUGAUGGCCACCACGCCGCAGCGCUCCAUGCACAGCUAUGCGUCCGCUUUCCAGCCUCCCCAGAGCCUCAUGCAGCCGCAGACUCCACAAAACCUGAUGUCGCCGAUGGUGCCGGCGUCAAACCAGUCUGUGGCGCAGCAAAACUCUAUGGGUCCUUCGACGCCGGGCCCCAUGACCCCGAUGACCCCUUCGUCGAACGACCCUGGCAUCCUUCCUCAGCUGCAGAACAUCGUCUCCACGGUCAACCUUGGCUGCAAGCUGGACCUGAAGAAGAUAGCUCUGCAGGCGAGAAACGCUGAGUACAACCCAAAGCGUUUCGCCGCCGUCAUUAUGCGGAUCCGCGAGCCCAGGACCACGGCGCUCAUCUUCAGCUCGGGCAAGAUGGUUUGCACCGGCGCCAAGAGCGAGGACGACUCCAGACUAGCGGCUAGGAAGUACGCGCGUAUUGUCCAAAAACUGGGAUUCACCGCCAAAUUCUUGGACUUCAAAAUUCAAAACAUGGUGGGCAGCUGUGAUGUCAAGUUUCCCAUCAGGCUAGAGGGACUUGUUCUAAAACACGCCCAGUUCAGCAGCUACGAACCUGAGCUCUUUCCUGGUCUUAUUUACCGAAUGGUCAAACCUAGAAUUGUGCUGCUCAUCUUCGUUUCUGGAAAAGUCGUCCUUACAGGCGCGAAGGUGCGGCAGGAAAUCUACGAGGCCUUUGACUCAAUCUACCCGAUCCUGAAGCAGUUCAGGAAGCAAUAGACAGUACAAAUUGUGCUUAUUUAUGUUGAUGAGUGAUCGGACAAACGACGGUUACGCAUUCCAUACUCUGUGGUUCCAGGAAAUGUAGUGAAUUGUGCUUUUAAAACCAGUUUUACGCACGGACCAACAACGGAAAUGUAUUGAUUCUCUUUAGUCAGCUCGACGCAGGUUUUAAUUUCGCGAAUGUGCCCAACUCGCUGGUAAUUUUGCUUUCCUUACACUCUCCUCGAUCAAGUCAAGCAAUGGAGGUACCCCCCCACACACACACGAUCACAAAUUCCCUGACAAGAUGAUUUGAACUUUAGAUUUAGUACUCGGCUCCGGCUGCAGCACGGUCUGCUCUGCUCUCUGUCUUUUGUGUUGGGCGGGCGCAGCCCGUGGUGCACGCCGCCAGAGUCGGCGAGCGUAACAAUUCUAAAUGAAAGUAAGCGAGGCGUCGGAAGCACUCGGGGUGCUGCUGGACGCCGCUAGUGUUUCUAUUCGACAUACCGAGAUUGUACCUAAGAGCUUGUCUCAUUUAUUUUUCACCGUUCGACUGCAACAACUAGCGCCCUAAGGCGAAACUCUUUCCACCCCCCAUUACUCUAUCUUGCCUCUUUGUACAUAAAGACCGAUGAAUAAAACGAUUAUCAAUUUUA